AUUUAAAUGGAGGCAUUUUCAAUUUUAUAAAUUUGCUUCGUCAAAAUCCUUUUUAAAAGUUCUCAGUUAAUUAAACAUUUUGAAAUUUGACAACGAUUCAUUAGAUGGAUGCAAAUGCAGUUGACCCCAGCAGUAGCACAUCUCGCCCCCCUCGUCUGCCGGCUAGGUUUGAUCUCAGCACUAAAAAGUUGAUCUACUUUGGUUCUGCUGCUAGCAAGGCCGAUACAGUAAAUGGGGCGACCACAGAUCAAGCACAGGCAUCAACAUCUCGGUUUAUUCCGCCUCCAGGGAGAGUCCCCAUAGUAAAAUCUGAAGAUAUCCCCAUUGCCAUCAGCACUGUCAAGAAAACAUUAAAGGCUCCCAUGAGGGUGCCAAUUAGCACCACCAACAACAAUGACAUCAAGUCAUCUAUGACUUGUGUUGUGAAAAAAUAUGCCCCACGAACUAUGGGGUAUGCAUCAAAUGACAUAAAGGAAACACCACGCAUGCCAAACAGUAUAGGCAGAAAGCAUAGAACUAUUAGAUCUGUUUCAAAAACUUGUCAAGCGAAGUUUUCUUUCAAAGACUGCUCCUCACCUACAGAGUACCCGGAUGUAGCAGACUUAAAGAAAGUCUUGAAUUUCAAUGAGGAUGAUGAUUCCAAUGCUUGCAACAACAGCAGCAGCAAUAAUAAUAGUAAUAACAAUAAGAAUAAUAAUAAGAAUAGGAGUCAUAAUAAUAUGAAUAAAAUAAAUUAUAAUAAUAAGGUGAUAAGCUCCAUUGAAACUGGCAAAAAACAAGUUUCAAAUACAAAGCAUGGUGGCCCAGCAAAAUGGAGUUUAUCUGCUCAUCUUGGUGAUAAAAAUAAUAAAAAUAUUAAUAGUAAUUGUAAUAAAAAUAUAAAUAGAAAUAAUAAUGGUGAUGCUAAGAAGACAAAGAUACAUCUUCGUUGCAGUAGUCCUACAUAUAUCACUAAUAACGGAAAAGGGAAACGAAAGAAUAUGGAAAGCCCGCCGAACAGUUGCAUGGAUAAUUUAAUUGAAUCAACUGAAAGGUUAUCCAUAGGAGAUGAUAAUUCGAUGACAAAGUUACGAAUUGGUGAAAGUCAUUUUAAAAAGGACAUGAAAAAAGUGAAUAACGUCAGAAUAAAAACAUCAGACAGUGACAUGAGCGAUGAUAAUAAUGGUAGUUUUAAAAAUUACAGAAACGUUUCCUAUCCCAAGUCGAAUGCGAAACAUCUAGCUGACGAGACUACUCGGGAGUUUGAGAAAUUGAUCAGCUGUUUUGACAAGCACAUCAAAAUAGCUAGCUCCAUCAGACAUUUGGCAAAUGGUGUACACAAAGAAUUAGGAAGAGUGCUCAAAACAGAUAUUUAUAAUGCUAGAAAAAAAUACAAUAGGAAGAAUGACAAUAGUGGGAGCAAUAACGAUGAUGGGAAUAAUAAUAGGAAUAAUAAUAACUUUGAGGAUCCUGAUUAUAUUCCCUCGAGGGUCGUUAUUUUCAAUAGUCUUCUUCAACAUGUGGAACACCUCUUGAAAGAUUUCUUCAAUUUAAAACGAUCCUUGGCUGGUUUGGAGUUCUCAGUACAGAAUUCAUUACUUAUAAUUAUUAGAAACAUUUUGAGUGGCGAUGGCAAUGAAGACAGUGAUCAUGAUGAUGACCCUGACGAUAUCGUAUCUGAGAUCCUUGAUCACGCUGGCUACUGUGAUGAUGAAAAUGCUAAUUUUAAUCAUUCCAAGCAAGGUAGUUCUUAUCGCUCUUUUAACCGCGCAAAUAAGGAUGGGCGCCGUAAAACUUUGGCUAGCAAUCUUGAUAAUAUUUUUACUGGUGAAGACGACGACGAUGGUGGUGAUGAUUAUGAUGAAGAUAGUGACGAUGAUACGUUGGCUUUUUUCAUAAAAUGUAUCGUCAAAGCACAAAAACGUAGAAAAAUCAAAAAACCCAAAGUGAGAUGCUUCCAGGAUAAAACUAGAGGUGCCCAUUUUGAUCGUGGUGAUUAUAAUUCUAAUGAUGACGUCAAGAAAAUUAAUAAUAAUGAUGGUGAUGACGUCGUAUCUUACCGUAGACUUAACGGUGGUAUAAGGAUAAAUAUUGAUGUCAAAAGAACGCUCGAUAUCUUCAAUGGCGACGAGGACAAUAUUCUUGGUAACAUUUUCAAUGGGGAUGGAGAUGACGGUGACGGUGGUGACGAUCAUGGCGACAAAGAAAAUAAACCUGAUGUCGCAACCAAAGAUAAAAAAGUAGUCGUUAAUAAUGCCUGUGAUGAUGAUGGUGAUGACUCGUUCAAUUGUAGCAAGGAUACUGAUGAUUCUAACAUGAUGUGUGUAAGUGAAGUUACUAUAAAAAGAAGUGACAACGAUGUCUGUGACACCCCGAAAAAAUUCCCUAGUCCACAAACAUCUGAUUCUUCACUGGAUCGCUCAGUCAGGAAACAUCUCAAAAAUUUGCUCCCACCAAACGUCGGCGGGACUCCUGGACAUGUUGCCUCCGGAUCGACGCCCAUCACUAUGGUUGAAAGUAAACUUUACGAUCGGGCUGAUGAUCCAGUGGCCAAAGGAUUUUACUACGGCGAUGAAAAACAUUUCGUCCCAAUAGAAGAUGAGGACGCUGCUUGAUUGAGAUGUGUACUACGCGUUGGCUCGUUCCUUUGCUGAAUUCAAUACAGUUUUGAGUGAAUGAACGACCGAAAGGUGUAUUGGGGGAUUAGUUAUUUGAUUGAUCGCUCGACUACUGAUUGAUUGACUGACUGACUGAUUGAUUUUUGAUUGAUGACAUAUACCAUUACAUUAAUUAAUUGUUUAAAUCUAGAAUGCGGUUCAUUAUAAACCUUCAUUAUCGUGUCGCGUUCUUUUUAUAUCGAUAUUUAUUUAACUUCUUCACUAUAAAUGAAUAAUUUUUGUCAUAAAUUGCUUUUAAUGUGAUUAGUCGUCAUUACUGUUCGUUUUAAAGGAAUUCGAUAAUCAUCAUUGCCUUAUUGAUACAAAAAUCAUUAUUUACACACAUACGUACAUGCAUACACACACACACACAUGUGUACAUAUAUACAUGCAUACACAUGUUAGCAUGAAGUAUUCAAAAGAAACUAAUUAUUUCAAUUGAAACAUCAUCUUGAUUCGGUUUCUAUUAACUCGUAACGAAUAUAAUAUAGUAUUUUUUAAAGGUG